AUGGAAAGGAAGAGGGAAAGAAAAAUAAGAAGGGUGAGGAGAAGUAGUGAAAAAAAAUAGUAUUGUUAUUGUGAAUAAAAGAAGACAUUGAAAAGAAAAGCACGGAACAAGGGGCUUCCCCACACCAUCCUCUCCCAACAAGAGAAAGAAAGAGCCCAUUCCUGUUCCUCUACCACCGAACACACGCCUUACCUUUCCCUUCAUCACCUCCUGCUAACCUGCGCCUCCUUCUUAUCCUGCGCACCCUCCCUUUUACGCCGUUACCUUCUUCUCCCCCCUUCUUCCUUCCUCAUACCGAUUCGGAGCAACGCCGCCAUUGGAAAAGGUUCCGGUGUUGGGGACUUAGGGUUAGGGUUUCUGAGAGAUGUGGGAUGCUCCAUGCAUUGAUGAGUCUUAUCACUCGCUGUUGGAAGCCGUUCGGGCAAGGUGACGAAGGCAAUGCCGGAAGAGAAUGCAAGGACGGUUUGCUUUGGUUCCGCGAUAUCGGAAAGUUCGCCGCCGGAGAUUUCUCCAUGGCCGUCGUUCAGGCCAACCAGGUCCUCGAAGACCAGAGCCAGAUCGAGUCUGGCACUUUCGGAACCUUCGUCGGCGUUUACGACGGCCACGGUGGCCCCGAUGCUUCGCGAUACGUUUGCGAUAACUUGUUCCGCAAUCUCCAAGCGAUAUUGGCUGAGUCACGGAGUGUUGUGACGACUGAGACCAUUCAACAAGCGUUUCUCCGAACCGAAGAGGGGUUCACAGCCCUUGUUUCCGAAUUGUGGAAUAUUCGGCCUCAGAUUGCCACUACUGGAACGUGUUGUUUGGUUGGAGUUAUUUGUCAGCAGACACUGUUUGUGGCAAAUCUUGGAGAUUCCCGCGCUGUGUUGGGUAGGAAAGUCGGCAACACCGGUGGGAUGGCUGCAAUUCAGUUGUCUACGGAGCACAAUGCAAAUAUUGAGGCUAUUAGGCAGGAACUUAAGGAACUACACCCUAAUGAUCCCCAAAUUGUUGUCCUCAAACAUGGAGUGUGGAGAGUAAAAGGCAUUAUUCAGGUUUCUAGAUCUAUUGGUGACGUAUAUAUGAAACAUGCGCAGUAUAACCAGGAACCCAUUAAUCCAAAAUUCAGACUUCCAGAACCAAUGAACAUGCCUUACUUGUCUGCUAAUCCAACUAUUUUUUCUCAUCGUCUCCAACCAAAUGAUUCCUUCCUUAUAUUUGCAUCAGAUGGUUUAUGGGAGCACCUGAGUAAUGAUCAAGCAGUGGAUAUUGUUCACAGCAGUCCCCGAGCCGGUAGUGCCAAGAGACUUGUCAAGGCUGCCCUACACGAAGCAGCAAGAAAACGUGAAAUGCGAUAUUCAGACCUUUACAAGAUUGACAAGAAGGUUCGACGCCAUUUUCACGACGAUAUAACUGUUAUUGUUUUAUUCUUAAACCAUGAUCUUAUAUCCAGAGGCGCAGUUCUAAAUCCGCCACUCACAGUUCGAAGUGCACUCGAUCACUGACUUGUAUGAUUGUAAACAUGCUUCUCUUAUACGGGUGUUCUGGCAACUGUGUCAAUACCAGAAAAUACACUAUUGGCACUUUUGCUAGAAUAUACCAUUCAUAGUGCUGGCACGUUUGGUUACUGAUGCUGAGACAAACUUAUUCAUGAUGCUCGAACUUAUAACACUUGUUAGAAAUUUAUCCCUGAAAAUGAAAGGAAAAAAAAAUCAAAAAGCAACUUUUGAUUUAGCAAUUCGCCAGUUCUAUUGUCUAGAUUUACGGAAUGCUGUUAUUCUGUGUAUAAUAUUUGGUCAGCAUGUUGAUUGAAUGAAUUCAUUUGACCAUAGGUUAUAUCUGAAUUCCGUACUUAGUAAAUUGUUGUAU